CAACACCUGGAGUCUCUUCCCAAGCUACAUCUUUCAUGUGUCUUCACCAUCCAUCCGUCACUCCUUGUUUGGCCACUCUCUAACCACCACCAUCACCCACCGCACCAACCCCAAUGCACAACCCAACCCAACUCAAUUAUUAUUAACCCUGGUUUGUUUUGUUCACACCAUCACAACCAGAGAAAAAAGCCAAAAAGCCAAAGCAAACCAUGAAUCGGGUCAUAACACAUUGCCACUAAAACUGAUCCUUUCUCAUUACCCAUAACCCAUUUACAGAUAAAAAUCUGGCAAGAGAAAGAGAAAGAGAGAGAGAGAGAAUUUAUGGUGUGGUGGUGGAGUAAAAGUAAAAGGUUGCAAAGGGAGAGGAGAAUGAGAAGGGCGUGAAUGCAGAAUGCACAAAUGUCAUAAAAACCAGUCCCUCUAAUUCACCACCAACAAAAAAAUCCUUACCAAAAAUAGAAAAAAUCCAAACAAAAAAGAAAGAACACCCUUCACCAUUGAUCUCUCAAACACCAAACCCCACACCCAUUUCGUGAUUGCCGAGCGUCGUUUGAUCUUCUUAUCUAAAUCUGCACAAACACUGAGAGUGAGUAAGAGAGUGAGAGAGAGAGAGAGAGAAAACAGCCAACUAGAACUAGAGUCACAGAAAACCAAAAGCACUGUGGGAGAGUGUGUGGGAAACUGAAGAGAGAAAGAAAGAAAAAGAAGGCUAGCUAAUGAUGAUGGAUCAGCAAGAGAAGAAAACCGAGGCGUGUGGUUUUGUGGCAGGUGUUGGAGCUGAGCUUGGGUUUGGGUUUGGGUUUGUCACCGUGCAAGGAGACAACAAAAUGGUAACACCAAACGGGUCGUCAUCGGGUCGGAUCUGUGAUGAUGGGCUUGUUGCUGCUGUUACCACCACCUUUGGAACGGUUCACAAGAAGAAAAGGAUGGCCAGACAGAGAAGGGUCUCCUCCACCACCACCACCACCACCACCACCACCAUCAUCAGCAGCAACAACAAAAGUCCCACAUUGCUUGCUGCUGCUUCCAGCUCCUCGCACGUGCCGAUCUCCCCGCUUCCUUCUCAUAAACCUUCCAAAACUCUCCCUCCCGCACGUAAAAUCGAUCCUAGAAGGUUGAAAUAUCUUUUCCAAAAGGAGUUGAAGAACAGUGAUGUUAGCUCCCUUAGGAGAAUGAUAUUGCCAAAGAAAGCAGCAGAGUCUUUCCUUCCAGCCCUUGAGUCAAAGGAAGGAAUUUUCAUCAACAUGGAUGAUAUAGAUGGUCUUCAUGUAUGGACUUUCAAGUACAGGUUUUGGCCUAAUAACAAUAGUCGGAUGUAUGUACUAGAAAACACUGGAGACUUUGUUAACACACAUGGCCUGCAAUAUGGAGACUCCGUUAUGGUUUACCAAGAUACUCAAAAUCUUAACUAUGUUAUUCAGGCCAAAAAGGCUUCUGAUCAGGAUGAGUUUCAGGAAGAAGAAGAAGAAACACCAAGUGAUACCGUCAAUGACAUGCUCCUCAAUGACUAUGAGGUGAGCAAACCUGAUUGUGAUUGCUUCAAUGGAUAUGAUCCUGCAGUGAAUGACACCACAGGCAUGUCAUUCAUAUAUGAGACAACUUUCUCAAAUGACUCCCCACUUGAUUUUCUGGGUGGAUCAAUGACCAAUUAUUCAAGGAUUGGACCAGUUGAAACCUUUGGUUCUGUUGAGAAUUUGUCACUUGAUGAAUUUUACUAAGGCGUGGGGUUUUCUCCAAUUUGGUACUAAAGGAACAUUGAUGUGUGUGUGGGUUUUGCUUUUUUUGGGUUUUCAUGACAAUGAGAGGAUUUGCGUAGAAUAAAAUAGUGGCCUGUGGACAUGUUUUUGUUCCUCUCUCUUGAACAAGUGAGACUGCUCUGCCAUGUAUUAAUUACUUAUGAUUUUUGCUGGAUAGCAUCUAUAUAAAUGAUUCUGAAUGUUUCAUUAUGGAUAAUUUUGUACAAUAUGCAAGUAACUAAAUCAU